AAAAAAUCCACUGGAUGGCCUCACACACUUAGAAAUGGCAGGGACAAACACUACUUUUCUGUUCUAAAAUAUCUCUCUGCAGAGGAUAAUUUGAACUUUAAAGUCACAUGAUGAAAUCAUAGGUUUGCUAAACAGGCAACGUGUAUGGUUUGAAUGACUUAAACCAAGUUCCUGUUUCCUUUACAGAACUGUAUGUUUUUGUAGUCAGCGAGCGUCUGGAUUUUUCAUCGUGAUGUACAGCAGCUAGAGAAGUUACUGUAAUAUAUACACUCUGCUUUCUGCAUAAAUAAAAAGGGCUAUAUGCUCCAAACAAUAAUUAUAUUUCAUCUGACUAUUCGUAGGGAAAGAUUCAGCCUGUUUGUAUCUGUGGAGCAUUUUCUUGAGAAGUAUGACUGUACAGAAGCUUCUGUACGAGAGAACUCUGCUGUCCUGUCUUUGCCUGGUGUGCCGUCUACAUACACUGCUUGUACACACUAGCUUUGCAUACAACGGAACAAAGUAAAAUCACCAAACUCUAACUUAACACAAAAUUGAAAUCCUUAUUCAAACUCCAUUGAACAGGAAAUAAGCACGGCGUGGAGGGAAGGAUGGCUUCUCACAACAUGACAUGGAUCAGCUACCCAAGCAAGAAUUUGGCUUUCAACUCCCCAGAAGAAAUCGAAGCCUUCAUAGCUUCUCAAAACAUCAUAUCAAGACUUAUGCACUGCUACAUCGCAUUUUUUGUACCAACAGGAUUAAUAGCUGGCAUAUGUAUUUUGAUCAUUUUCAUAAAGAAUUAUGUGCAGCACAAGGUCAUAGAAAACUUAGACUUACUUCUUCUAGCCUUCACCAUCAGCAAUAUUAUAAUGAUUCUUUUAUCAUUUUCUGUUAUCACUAGACCUGACUAUUUAAAAGCAACUCACCUCGCGUGUAACGUACUGUCAUUUUUUUUCAACUUCAGUUAUUUCAAUUCUCAGUAUGUUUUCUUGCUGACACUUCUCAUACUAUUACUGAAGAGAUUUCCACCAAGGACUGCUCUCAGCAAAGCAACUCAAAGACCCAUAUUGUGUGUUGGAUUUGUACUUAUAUAUGCCUUCUGCUUGUCACUGACUGAGGCAGUACUGGUUGGCACAGAUAACUACCACUUGGAAACAGACUGCCAGUUAGAUCCAUUAUUUGCAUGGCCUGAAUACGAGAUCAUUAAAUUCACCUUUGGAUUUGCAAUCCCAUCAUUUCUUCAGAUACUCUGUUUUACUGUUCUCUUCGCAAAAGAAGCACCUGCUGAAGCUCCAGCCUUACAACAGCACAUUCGUACUUACCCUGCUGCGUAUAUUAUAAGCAUAACGAUAUUUAUAUGCCGUCUCUUUUACAACGUUAUGCUUCUCUUCAGGACAACAUUCAAACUACAGAAGAGCAUUGGAACUCCAAAGAAUGAGCUUGUGAUGAAUAUUGCAGAAAUUGUGUUGUUCUGUGAGAGCUGUGCUAGUUUGGUACUUAUACUUUGUUUUCAUAAACCAUGCAAGGAUGAAGUACUUAAAGUCAUCCAGAACUGCCGAAGGAAAAACACUGCCAACAAUCACCUGGAAAUACCAGUAACAGCUACAACCCAUGAAAGUGGGUCUCAGUAAUACCCUAUUGUUCGGAGGAACUGUCAAUCCAUUUUACUUUUGAGUUUGUGGGUUUUGGUUCAUUUUUUUCACUUCUUCAAAAAAGGGUAAUUGUUCCUUCUUUAGAAACCAAACUUGGACUGUCUUGCAACUAGCAGUUCUGAACUGAAAAAAAAAAAGAUUCUUAGUGCUAGUAUUAGCAGUGAUCUAUGAGAAAACAUGUAAGGUCUGAGGUUUUUUUUUGCAUAUAUAUAUAUUUAAAUCGCCUACAGUGUUACUUCAAAGCCAAGUAGUAAGAAAAGUACUGCUGCCAUAGAAGUGUGCUUUUGUAAUACCACCACUGCCCCAGCAAAGUUGCAAGCAAAAACACAGUAGAAAACAACUUUGAACAAAGGUAAAAAUCUUCAGCCAAAGCAUUUUCUCAGGUGUGCUGAUGCUUCUGAUUUCUUAGCCUACAAACUACUUAUUUUUAUAACAGUGGUAAAUUCCAGUAGCAGCAGCAGUGAAGUAUGGCUUAAGAAUCCAUUAUAACCCUGAAAGAGUAUGUAAUACUGUACGUCUACUGUAGCACUUGCUUAGACACACACACACGCACACAAACUAAGCAUUUCUUCCCUUUUUCCAUUUUCCUCUUAUACUUUUAUUGGAGCCCUUAAGGUUUUUGUCUGAAUUCAUGUGCCAAAAAAAAAAGAAAUAAAAUUCAAAUUAAUGGAAAGUCUGGUCCAUAAAGGAAAGCUUCAGCUCCUUUGUGAAGCACUGAACUGGAAAGAUCAACAGGAUGGCUAAUUAAAACUCUAUGCAAGAAUGAAAGGUUUUUGUUAAUGUACUCUAAGCUUCAACUCUGCAUUAAGACUUAGAGCAAUUAUUGAUUUAAGGCAUUCUUGAUGAGUUCAUUCAGAAGUAUGAAGAUGCCUUGGAAGAGUCACACAAUAAUAUACUAACUAAAAGAACAGGCGAAAAGCCAGCCCAGAACAGUAGAUGUGAGGCAUGUUUGAAACUGGGCAGAACCCAAGUUUCAAACUGAAAUCAGGGCUCUGCUAGAGACAAGACAGGAGCAUAAUACAUUUAGUUUAGAAUUCCUGUGUAAAUGGUACAAAAUGGG